CACGGCACAGGACCUGCAGAAUUAGAAAUGUACCAACAGCGCCGCCAAGAAGAUGAUUGAUGAUUGAUGAGCAAGAAGAUGCAAAGUCUCAAGCCAACCACAUCCGACAAACGGGACAUAUUGCAGCGACAGUGAAGCCUGCCUUAGGUGCAUGCAUGCUCCUUGUCCUGCAAGUGCAUGCAGAUUGUGCAAUGGGAGUGUCAACUUGCUAGGAAUAGCUGGGUGGCUGGAUAAUCUGAUGCCGAUGGCCUUGGCGCCGGCAAGAUCGCCAUCGGCUGGGCGUCAGACCCCUUCCGAUGUGAUGGCCAAUUGAAGGAGCCAACGUGCAUAGCCGCCGUUCCGAUGGUGAAACUUUUGCUCCUCCCUUCCAUUCCGAUUCCAUUACGCUGUUGAGCGGUCAGAGCCCGUGAACAUGGGGCGUGAUGACGAUGUAUAUGUACUCACCCGACCCGCGCGUUCCCGCCGCCAUUAUUCCAAGCACCAAAGACCGAAGCAGCUGCAACCGGAAUAUUGCGAUCAUCACUUCUGCUCCUCCCUUCCUAUGACCAUGGAGAUGUUCCUGCCCGCAAUCCUGAGCGACCUGCUGGGCAGGUCCGUGUCGUUCGUGGUCCAGAGGUACCUGCAGCAGGGCAGCGCCGAGGACGGCAUCCGGCAGCUGCACCUCGCGCUGCUGCGCGUGGGCGUCACCGUCGAGGAGGCCGAGGGGCGGCGCAUCACCAACCAGGCCAUGCUCCGCCAGCUCGACGCGCUCAGGGAGGCCAUGUACGGCGGCCACUACAUGCUCGACGCCCUCACGUGCGGCCGCGGCGACGUCGCAGACGACGACGCACCGGCUCCGUCCGGCGGCUUCUCGUCCGUGCUGUCCAGGCUCAACCUCAACCCCGCCAAGCGCCUCUGCCUUGCGUGGUCGACAGGCGCGGACGGCGACGCGGAGGUGCGGCGCGUGGUCGACCGGCUCGGCAGCAUGAUCGCCGACAUGAAGGAGUUCGUCGUCUUUCUCAACGGCUACCCUCGCGUGUGCCGCCAGCCCUACAGCGCGCACCUGCUUCUGGAGAGGCUCAUGUUCGGCCGGCAGAGGGAAAUGGAGCAGAUCAUAAGCUUUCUGCUGAGACAAGGAGAGGCAGAGUAUGGAGUCGGCGUGCUCCCCGUCGUCGGCCCGGCCAGGAUCGGGAAGAGCACUCUUGUCGAGCACGUUUGCCACGACGACAGGGUGCGCAACCACUUCUCUUCCAUCCUCCUCAUGAGCGGCGACGACCUGGAGGACGAGAAGCUGAACGAUCCAGGAGACCACGGCCUGAUCAAGCAUCACGGCCGCGCCUCACACUCGCACAAACGCUCGCUCGUGAUCGUCGAGCUGGCCGGAGACGAGGUCCCAGACGAGGGGCGGUGGAGGAGGCUCCGCUCCUCGGCAUUCUGCAAGGGUGCCGGGAGCAGGAUCAUAGUCACCAGCAGGUCGGAGGCGGCCGACGGGCUGGGCACAGAGCGCGCGCUCAGGCUCAAGGUCCUGAGCCCGGAGGCCUACUGGCACUACUUCAAGACGCUGGCCUUCGGCGGCGCGAACCCGGAGGAGCACCCGAGGCUGGUGGCCAUCGCCAUGGACAUAUGCACGGAGGAGAAAGGGUCCUUCAUCGGCGCCAACAUCGCGUGCAGCCUGCUGAGGGCCAACCUGGACGCCCGGUCAUGGCGCGGCGUGCUCCGGAACAUGAGGGAGUACACGGAGAGGCACCGCCACCUGUUCGGCAAGCACCCGCACGACCUCCUGCGGAAGGACCGGCACGUCUACCUGUGGCGGCUGGCGCAGACGUCCAAGGUGUUCGUGUCCUACGGCUGCUACCAGGCGCGCCCGGAGCAGGAGGACGCGCCCAGGAUGACGCUGCAGGAGGUGCUGUCCGGGAGGCCGGCGCCGAGCGGCAGGUUCGAGGCCCUGGCGUGGAGGUCCCAGAUACCCCCUUGCUACAGCUACCUCAUGAGCUGCUCCGUGCAGACGCCCACCGUGCCGCAUAUUCUGGCUAGGAAGAAGAGCUCCCGGCUGGUGGUCUGAUUCUGUUGAUCUUGUGAUUGUCGAUCCGUAAUGUAGAUUCAUCGUUUGCUCGGAAGGCGCCAAACUUGCAGAAAGUCGUUUUCAACGUUAACCGACCGAUAACAUAUCUUCUAGACUUCUACCGGCCUCAAUUCAGUGUCAA